UACAGUCCGGUUCUGGUUCCAUGGUUCUGGUUCUGUUGAUAAGUCCCACAUGGCGCCAAAACGAACGCGUUGGAACGAGCAGUGCGCAUGCUCGGUGGACGCUCCGCUGUUAGCUUAGCGGACAAACUAGCAGCAGACGCUGUGGCAGCAUCCAGCUGGAGACAAGAGACCAGUGAAGCUGACACAUUUCUCUGACCUUGAACAGGAGGAGGACAGCACACCUGGCUCAGGUUGGGCUGUUGCUAUGGAGACCAGCGAUGAUGAACUGGGACGGCUGGACAUCGAUCUGGACAGGAAGUCCAAACAACACAACCUAACAUCCAGCAACGUGCGCGCCAUCUUACACGAGGUCAUAACGCACGAACAUGUGGUCGCCAUGAUGAAAGCAGCCAUCAGAGACACUCAGGACCUGCCCCUGUUUGAACCAAAGAUGACCCGGUCCAGACUGAAGCAGGCUGUUCAGCAGGGACAGUCUCUGGAGUGGAACCUGACAACAGUGAACACAACAAAGCCACCACAGUUUGUUGACAUCCAUCUUGAGGAGGAUGAAGACUCAUCGGAUGAAGAGUACUGUCCUGAUGGAGAUGAUUAUGAGGAUGAGGAGGAGGAGGAGGAGAUGUUCCUUAGUGACACGGACAGCCUCGCCUCAUCACCCAAGAUUGACAUGAGAUCUCCACCUGAACCUCCAGACAAACACACCCAAGGAUUCUUGCAGAGUGCUGCAGAUCACAUAAAGGAACAGAUGACCUCUACCUGCUCUUCUGCAACUCAGUGCACCUUUCUAGAGAGACUGAAUGCUGUGGAGGAGGAGCUUAAUAGUAGUUCAGUCUACUCAUAUGACCAGACUCUCAGCAGGAAAACUGAUGAUGAUGGUGGUGAUGAAGGAUCCAGCUGUUUGGCGUUUCGGACGCGCUCCAAACAUCCUCUGGUUAAUGUUCCUCUGGGUCAGCUGGAGGCGGAGCUUCUGGCCCCUGACAUCACAGAUGACAUGUAUGAAGAGAUGUCCACCCAGAAGGAGGAGGACCGUCACUGGACAACAUGGCUGCAGGGGCUCAUGGUGCCUGGCCCUGAAGAUGAAGGUGAUGAUGAUGAUGACCCUGAAUACAAUUUCCUGGAAGAUCUGGAUGAACCAGACCUGGAGGACUACAGGACGGACCGGGCCGUGCAGAUCACCAAAAAGGAAGUCAAUGGACUUCUAGAGGAAUUGUUUGAAACGCUCCAGGAAGAUCAUGUUCCAGCUGAAGAUGAGGACCUAGAGACUUCUUCAGUGACUCUUCCUAAGUUUAAUGUUCCUCAGGCUUUAUGUUUUGAGGCUCCGUUAGCUGGAAUGCUAACAGAGCGACGGCAGACAGUUAAAAAACAAUAUGAGGCUGUGCAGCAGAGGAGAGCCCUGCAGGACACUACCAACACAUCCAGUCUGCCACACAACACUGUUGGCCCUGUGUUGGUGCUGUCAGCUCAGAACUGCCCUGCUCUCCAUCUCAACCACAACCAGAAACUGCAGCUGCAGCAACAAAUGCAACAGCAUGUGCAGCUUCUAUGUCAGGUCCAUGUGUUGAGUCGCCGCAUCCACACCCUGAACUACCAGGCUAACCUGACCAAGCGCUACCUGGAGGAACUACAACAUUUUGCCAGUUGUCAGGAGAAGGUCGACUUCCACAGCAGCUUCAGUGUGUGCAACCUGCAGGGGGCGCUAGAUCUUCUGCAAGAAGUGGAGCAGAGAGAGGAGGCUCUACAGCCUGUGUGCAUUCCUACAUCUUCUAAACGCUUGCUGCCCAUGAUGGCUCCUUCUACCAGCAGUCAUGCCUUUCCAUUACUGCCUGCUGAUGCUGCCUGGCUGUUUGCCACACGAGCAGUGUUCCUGUACCCAGAACUACUUCCUGUGUGCAGCCUGGAUCCUGCUGUCCACAGCAAACAUCACAGGAGUGUUUACACAGCAGGAGAAGACGGGCUGAUCGUUCUGGGUCUGAAGCAUUUUGAGGGGGCGGUCCAACUCAUCAGCUCCUACCUGCUCUGUAAAAGUCAAUGGAACAUCAAGAAACAUAUUCAAGAGAUGAGUGGUCCCAGAGCACCAUGCCAUAAUGUCAUUAAGAUGUUCCUGACCCGGGGAGUCAUCCCUCCACUGCCCACAGCUGCAAGCAGGGUUCAGCCAGAAGACCACCGCCCCCCAGUUGACAGGGAUUACUCCAACAUGCCCAACUGGUUGAAGAACAGUCAACUGAUCAUUCAGAAAACUCGUCUGGACACUACUCAUUACCCCCCCUCCCUCCCAGCUGGCUGCACCCUCAGGCUCCACCCUUACUAUAUUAGUAAGACCCGCCCAACUCGCUCUGCUCACAGGCGCCUUUUCACCUUGGCCCACAAUGCAUCUCUGCUUCCUCUUGCCAAAGCUCCAGAGAGCCAUGAGGUGGACACGCAGCCAAGUGGCUCCGACCCCCCUGCUGUGUCAGGAGCCCAACCUUUGACUCAGUCUCCAGUCAGUGGCUCCGCCCCUUUGGCUGCCGUUCAAACAGGCCCCGCCCAUUCAGCUUGUGCUAAUGUCAUCCAACCUGGCCUUCCUAUUGGCCAACCGAACCCUGCUCCUCUGCUCUUGCCCCUCACGUCCCUGUCCAGCCCUAGCACUACAACUCCCAUAAUGCAUUGUGCACAGGAGCCAGGCUAUUUCCUUUAUCAGAUGGUGUGGACGCCACCUGCUUCCUGUUCCACCCACACCUCCCAGCAUGCACUGGGACCAGAGCCUCUUGCUCCAAUCAGAAGGGAGCAGCAGGAGCAGAGCGUCAUGAACACACACACCUUGUCAGAGGAGGUGAGAGAGGGGGAUGAAGAGGAAAACUCUGACUCAACUCUAAGUCCACCGUCAUCGUGCACAGGAGACGAAGAGAAGGAGCUAUGUGGGCAGGAGACAGAAGGACAGGAGCCGGACUGGACUGUGAUGGCUGUCAGCCACAGUGGAGGAAAAGAAGAUGGAAACUCUGAAGGACACAAGGAGCCGGACAAGACCGAGGAACAGGGAGACCAACAAAUGAAGGAAACAUGUGGGGAGGGAGAGGGGGAGCAGCCCAGUGAGGAAGAUGACAAAGGGAGGGAGGCAGGGGGAGGAGAGAGAAAAGGAGAUGGAGACAAGGACCAUCAGGGUGAGGAUGAGGAGGAUGAUGAAGAAGAAGAGGAGGAGGAUUUUGAUGAUCUCACACAAGAUGAAGAUGAGGAAGAAGUGAUGUCUUCAGCAUCAGAGGAGUCAGUGCUGUCUGUUCCAGAAUUACAGGAGACGAUGAAGCAGCUGACUUGGCUAGCAGCAGAGCGGCGUCUCUGUGCAGACGGAGACUCUGAGGACGAUCAAUCUCCGACCUCACAGGAAGAUGAGGAGGAGGAAGAGGAGGAAGACGGGGUGAAGGGUGAGGAUGCAGGACAGGUGCAAAGCUUCAAGACAAGCUUAGAUGAGGAGACACCACACGAAGAGGGGACACCCAGAGGAGGACGAAGGUGUCCUGGACGAGGACGAGGUCGCAGUCGUCCCCUUCGUGGUCUGACGAGAACUCGUCAAGAACGCUUCAGUAAAGACGCAACCAAACUGUCCCUGCUCUACGACGAGAACAUUCUGGAAAAUGAUCCCCUGAGGGAGACUAAAGACACUGCGUUUGCUCAGAGUUACCUGAAGAGGGUACGUGAGGCACUGCAGGAUACACCUGAGCAGGUGGAGGAAUUUGUUUCUCUGCUAAACAAGUUCGAACAGCUGGGAGAAGGACACAAAGUUCCUCUGCUGUUCAGGAAGCUGCAGUGCAUCCUGGGAAACCACACAGAACUCCUCAGAGACUUUGCUGCCUUCCUACAUCCAGAGCAGGCACUGCAGUGUGGAUUGUUUGAGGAGCAGCAGGCCUUUGAACGCAGUCGGCGCUUUCUGCGACAGCUGGAGAUCAGUUUUGGGGAUAAUCCAUCACAUUAUCAAAGGAUUAUUAAAGCUCUGCAGACGGGACCAGAUCUGGGUCCAACCAGCAUUCAGGAGCUGAAAACCCAGAUGGCAACUCUUCUAAAAGGCCACACCCACCUACAAACUGAAUUCUGGGUAUUUUUUGAUGAUCUCCGCCCACCUCCAGCUCACCCUGGGCAGUUUGAAGAAGCCCAAUGGCCAGAGGACGGAGAGGGUGGAGAGGGCAGUGGUCAGGUGUCAGCUGGUGCAGCCACCGGGAGCUUUGAGGAGGUGACACUGCCAGAGCUUGAAGAGGAAGAGGAGGUUCAUAAGAUUCAACCAAUUACCAGCCGGCGCCAAAGGAGGAAGAUGAACUCCCACAGAAGCUACAAGGGUUCAGCAGGUGUGUCCAGGACUAUGAAAAGCCUCAACCCUUUAUACUGUCAGAUAGACUCCACCCACAAUCAGCCAUGUGACAAGAAUCUGGAUGUGAAGCGCUGCAACAAAAGUCUGCAGCCAGAUCAUAGUGCAUCAUGGGAAGGAUCAUUCCCUCUCACUGAUGAUAAGGAAGAGGAAGAAGAAGAUGAAGAGCUAAAUGAAACAGGAGGCACUGAAGAAGAGGAGGAAAGCCCUGUAGUGAAGAGGAGGAGAGAAGACCCAGUACAGUUACCACAGGUCUGCUCUUCCUCAGUUUCUGUGUCGUCUUCAUCUUCCAUCGCUCCUCGGCCCAGCCCUCCUCCUGACCUCCCUGUUUGUGCCAAGAACAUGUCUCUGACAGCGAGUGGAGAAAAGGUUAUUCUGUGGACCAGAGAAGCUGAUCGUGUUAUACUGAUGAUGUGUCAACAAGAAGGGGCCAAUCAGAACACAUUUCAGAUCAUCUCUAGUCUGCUUGGCAACAAGAGUCCCAAUGAGGUGUCUCACAGGUUUCGAGAUUUAAUGCGACUGUUUCGGACAUCAGCUCGUCACACCAGCUCAGAGGAUGAAGCUCCGCCUUCUGCAGCCAAUGACGCAGAAGAUUGACCAGUCAGAUGGACCUGUAAAAACAAGUGGAUGAUGGAUAUGUUCAAUGGGAAAUAAAUGUAAAUACAGCACUACAAUGAUUAUUUAUUGAUGGAAAAUUUUUAAUAAAUCAUCUUUUGCCACAUUAAA